CUUCCUGUAGAAAGUUGGCCGUGUCAUUGUCAGAUUCUAGCAGUUAUGAAUAUUACAAUUUUAAAACAGUUAACAUCAAUAAUCUGUCGCAGCUCUCCUAAUGGAAGUUUUAACCACAUAACUAAACCGCAGUUAGUUUUAGCAACGCGUUUGAUCACUGAAAAAUCAUGUUCUGCACUAGGGAAAAUGGCUUUUGCCAUGAAGACUACCAGAUCAGACGCCCCAGUGAAGAAACCGGUAUCCUUUGACUAUUCAGGUGACCUGAUUACACAGAAGCCCAUUGAUCCUUCACUGUUGAAGUGUGGCUUCAAGGAGCUGUCUGAAAUCAAACAAUCUCACCCUAAUGUUCAGCGUUUGUGUAGCAUUGAAUUUGCAGAUGGGAAAGAAGUCAAACAGUACCGGCUUGAACAAAUGUCUGACCGAAUCGAAAAUUUGUUUGGGAAAGAUUGCAUAUAUGAAUCAAUUGUGUCAAAGCUUACUGUGGAUAUUAGGAACAUGAUUCAACACUGUCUGCACUUUAAUCGGGACAAACGCAGCAAAGCAGUGCUGGUUGAAAAAAUACAAAGACGCAAAAAGAUGAUGAAGUAUUUACGUAGACAAGACUACGAACAUUUCCAGUGGCUGUUGCGAGAGCUGAAAAUUAAAUAUGUCCUACCACCGGCAUAUUACGGACAGAUUACGCGAAAGUUUCGGCGGAAGGAAGAAGCUGUCCACGAAGCGGUGCGGCUACGACGGGAGAAGCUGAAGACUCUCGAGGGUGAGCUGGCGCAGGAGAGAGUGGAGUUCGAGAAGUACAAGGUGAAGACGCUGGCACAGAUCGAGAAGGACAUCAGUGAUCUGAAUCUAGACGCAGACGCCAUCAAGAAGAAGCUGGUGAGGAAGAUCGAGAAGGAGGAGAUCGUCUUUCCACACGGCUGGACGCCCUGAACGUUCGGCAGGACCCAGGUGUUCAAGCAUCAGUUGUAUUAGCCAGUGAUUGAGGAGAUUAGCCAAUACUUAAAGAGACUUGUUCUAUGUGUUCUGCCAUUGUUAAGAUGUUUCUGACUAAUGGAGACUUUUUAAUUACUGAAAUUAUUUAAUACGUGUAAAACAUUUCCUCUUUUGGCACGGCUGAAAUCCAGCACCCAGUUCAGGCAUCAGUUACAUUAAAGUGACAGAUCCUAGUUUUUAAACACUACGGCAUGUGAUAAGUUAAAUUAGAAGUAUUUACAUUUAUUAUUUAGAAUAUUAAUUUCUGCACACAUGAAGUGGUUCUGGUCAUUCAGGUUUUUUAAUACUCCAAAAUGUAUUUUUCAUAAUUCUAAAAAACACAAUCGUCUGAGAAGUAAUGGUUAUCGAGACAAACUCUAGUUUUUCUUAGAUAUUAUUUCCCUGUUUAAACAUCACAGACUUUAGCUUCUCACUGUUAUAACGUUAUCUAAAUGUGUAUUACAGGUUUGUAGAUUAACUAAACUUAGUGUCCAUUUUCACGGGCUGGAACUAGGGUCUGCACCUUAACAAAGAGUUGAAAAGAUUAACCAAUGCUUGACGAGACUUGUCCCGUGUUUUCUGACAUUGUUAAGAUAUUUUGAACUAACAGAGCCAUUUUAAUUGCUGAAAUAAGGAACAUUUUUUCUUGAUGUUAAUAUUAUCAGGGUCCAUGUAUUCCAUGUUUCUGAUCAUCCCAGUGUUUGUAGUUGCUCAAACUUCAUUUCUCCCCCUACUAUGUUUUUUCAUAUAUAUUGGAAGCUAUAUUUCAGUUAGGGCUAUGUCAAACAUUAGGAUAACCAGAAAUAUGUUGAAUAUGAACGCACAGAUAAUCUAAACAAGCAACUGGGUUUAAUAUUUAGUUUGGGUUGUUAAACACUCCAUGAUUCGGUAAUGUGCUACAGUGGCAGUACACUCACAACAGUCUCUCGAUGGGAAAUUUAGAAAACCUAAUACAAAUACAAUUAUUAGUUGAAGAGUUGUAUUGAAAGUUUAUUUAGAACAUCUUAAGGUAAUCCACACAAUUAAAUCUAAACAUAUUUCUGUAGGCAUACAUGGCCCUGAAUUUGUGUGACUUUAGUGCAAUGCUUGUAUAGAUGGUACAAAGUUCGGACAGUUCUCUCGAUCUCUUUGUUCUUUGUGAGAAGAUGGUAUUCCUUGAUAAUGAUUGGGGUUUGGAUUACAGUGUUCAUGCUGUGCGUAGUUAUAGCAGGUAUAUAACAGUCCUGUAGUGCUAUGUGUUUAUUUGUAGAUUUUCACUGCUAAAAUGUGUGUUCUUUAAAAAAAAAAAUGAUUUUAAUACUUUUCUUUGGAGUAGUGCUCCUAGCAUAGAAAGUUAACUUUAAGACCUGAAGUACCUAUAAAAUUAUUACCUAACCAUGCUAUGAACAACUGGGUCCAGAUAUUUUUCUGUCCGAGUGAACAAAUUAAAUAGUGUCUCUACAAGUCAUUACUCCAGUUUUUGUAGAAGACAUAAUUCUGUGAAUUGCAGACACUUAACAGUUUGUUGCGAUAUUAUGUUAUAUCAAGAACUACAAUAAACUAAUAUAACAGAA